CAUCUCGUUGUCUGAUGGCCGGAUGAGAAGUGAACUGGAGAAAAGUGUUCCUUCAAGGAAGACAACGGGAAGUAGCGACUGACGGAUUUACACAUUGACCAAAUUUAGCCACGGACUUAAAUGACUAUAAUUUCAUAUUGCAGUUAAGAUACUUGUUUUACACUAUUUGAAUACGCCGUUAAUACUUGCAUCCGGAUCUAGUUAUUUUAAAACUGGACUCGUUUGUGAAGUGCCGCUCCUCUGACUGAGGCUAGUUAGCAAGCUAGCUCGUCUUGUUCGUUGAUGCGUGGAUUUGACAGCUACACAAGCGUUUUUUUCGGUCAAUGCUAUAUAAAACAAGGGCAGCUACGACUGAGUACAGAUCAGUGUGUGUCCCGGCAGCAGGAGUGAGGAAGAGCUUUAGAGGAAGAAAAUGAGUGAACUGGACCAGUUACGCCAGGAGGCUGAGCAGCUCAAAAACCAGAUCAGAGAUGCAAGGAAAGCCUGUGCAGAUGCCACACUAUCACAGAUCACAGCAAACAUCGACCCUGUUGGACGAAUCCAGAUGCGCACAAGGCGAACGCUGAGGGGACAUCUGGCCAAAAUCUAUGCCAUGCACUGGGGCUCAGACUCCAGGCUGUUGGUCAGUGCAUCCCAGGAUGGUAAACUCAUCAUCUGGGACAGCUAUACCACAAAUAAGGUCCACGCCAUCCCUCUGCGCUCAUCCUGGGUGAUGACCUGUGCCUACGCCCCCUCAGGGAACUACGUGGCCUGCGGAGGCUUGGAUAACAUCUGCUCUAUCUACAGCCUGAAGACUCGCGAGGGCAAUGUUCGUGUCAGCCGUGAGCUGGCUGGACACACAGGUUACCUGUCCUGCUGCCGCUUCCUUGAUGACAACCAGAUUGUUACGAGUUCUGGCGACACCACUUGCGCUCUUUGGGACAUAGAGACCGGUCAACAGACGACCACUUUUGCAGGCCACACUGGAGACGUGAUGAGCCUGUCCCUGGCUCCAGAUUCCAGGACCUUUGUGUCGGGGGCCUGCGACGCUUCGGCCAAAUUGUGGGAUGUGCGUGAGGGCAUGUGCAGACAGACUUUCACUGGCCACGAGUCUGACAUCAACGCCAUCUGUUUCUUCCCUAACGGCAAUGCGUUUGCCACCGGCUCGGAUGAUGCCACUUGCCGCCUGUUUGACCUGCGUGCCGACCAGGAGUUGAUGGUAUACUCCCAUGACAAUAUCAUCUGUGGCAUCACCUCCGUGGCCUUCUCGAAGAGUGGCCGACUGCUGCUCGCUGGUUAUGACGACUUCAACUGCAACGUGUGGGACAGCCUAAAAGCCGACCGUGCUGGUGUGUUGGCUGGCCAUGACAACCGCGUGAGCUGUCUGGGGGUGACUGAUGAUGGCAUGGCUGUGGCUACAGGGUCCUGGGACAGCUUCCUCAAGAUCUGGAACUGAACUCUGAAGGUGCUUUCAACACAACAUGUCUGACACAACUUUCCUUUUGUAUUUUUUAUAGAUGUCAUUUGAACUCCAAAGUCGACUGGAAGACCAUUCCAACUUUAGAAUGUUAAAUUUCACAGCUUCAUCAUCAAAAACACCACACCUUAUAAGACUCUGACAGCACCAUGAAAAGAAAAACUAAGGGAAAACAAUGCCUUUCCUACACAUAGAAGAGCACAAUUUGUUUUAUCACCCAACUUUAAAAAAAAAAAAGAAGAAGAAUUCCUGUGGUAUGAAAUGAAUAACUUUGUGCUUUCCCUUUUGGACCAUUCUAUGUCACCCUGUAAGAGAAAAUAGAAACACUAUCAUCCCAUGCUUAUGUAUCAUGUGUCUAGAAAGCAGAUGUUGGAGUGUAAUUGUACAAUUUAUUUAACUCUUAUUUUUGUUUCUUUUAAGAAUUCCUUUAUGGAACUGAUUAGUCAUUCUUAGAUAUUUUUUUCUUUAAAAUCCUGUAAAAUCAUGGAUUGAGAUGAAAUAAGACAAAAAAGGCUGAAAUUCGACAAGAAAGAGCAGCUUUUUUUCUUUUCUUUUUUGUUCCCUUUUUUAUAGUGCACUAGAUUGCUCUAGAGUGUGUGUGUGUGCGUGUGUGUGUGUGCGUGUGUGCGUGCGUGUGUGCGUGCGCGCAUGUAAGUAGUUUUCAUGAGAGUGACCUUAGAUGCCAUAAGAGGAAAAUUGUGCUCAAUGGUGAAAUUCUGAUUCAUAUUUUUGGGCAACAAAAUAGCAGCCCCAAGCUUUCAACUCUAAGUCAUUCACCUUUUGAACCGUUGCUGAGCUGUCAGCAUUUACUGGGUAAUAAGAACAGCCUUAGUUUUCUAAAACUGUAAUGAUUUGUGCAUUAGUUAACUUUUGAUGUGAAUACCGGUCCUUUGUCAUUAAAGAGAAAAGAAAAUGCCAUAUCUUUUACCAUUUCUGAGUCUGAGGUACUCGCGUCAUUUAUCUACAAAUGGCUGCUUGUAUAUAUGAGUAUCUGACUUGCACGCGAAUGCAGCAUUAUAUUCUAGCUAAUUUUCUUUCCAGUCUUGUCACAGCUUUGUUUGCACAAUAAGAAAUUUGACUAAUAUUUUACGCGUUAACUAACCAAGCACAUACCGUUAAUCACACUGAAUGCUGAUGUUAACGAAGAAGAUACACAAAAUUAAAAAAUCUCACACCAAUCCUCUCUUUCAUAAGUUUUAACUUUGUUUUAACUAACCUCAAAGUUUCUCUUCUGGUCUUACUUUUUGUAUUGAAGUUACGUUUGGCUUUGUGACUUUUUUUCAGUCCAGGGAUGGUUUAUUAUGAGGUGGGACUACGUGCUAUGUGGGGCAGGUGGAUAUUAACAAAUGUGAGGGGUUUUGUUUUGGUUUUUUUUUUGGUUUGUUUUUUUGGUUUGUUUGGUUUUUUUUAUAUAAAUAAUAUCCAAUUUCAGAAAACCGAUAUCCCUGUUUGUGCUUGAAAAUACAGUUAAUAAUCUGUGAAUGAAAUGUUGUACAAAUCAGUGUCUGAAAAUAAUGAUUCUUAAAACUAAGAGUUAACUUUUUCAUUUGCCAUGAAGUAACGUAGUCGCAUGCUGUAGAAAUGCUUUAGCAGGUGCUCUUUUUGUUUUUUAUUCCUUUUUUUCUUUCUUUUUUAAAGACCCACUGGUCUCUACUAGGAGGGUGAAAUUGGUAAGACCUUUCAUUGGUUGAUGCUCAAUUCCUGUUCUUUUUGCCAUGCUGUGUAUACAUCGUUUACUUUUACUGGCAAAGCUAUGCACCCAAGUGAGACGCUGAAAGAGAAAGGACUACAUAUUUACUGCAGACAUCCUUUGUCCUGCUUCAGCUCCUGUAAUGAUUCCUAGUAAAAAGAUAAAUGAUUAACAAGACAUCGGUUCUACAGCAGUUUGUCCCUUUGUUUGGUCAAUUUCAAAUGAAACAGGUAUUUGUCCAGACAAACUGUUCUGGCCUCCUUCAAUUAAAAUGUAUAGAUAAAGGCAUCUGAAAUGGCAGGUUGUUCUGUUUUACCCACUGUAAACAGAUGCACUUUCUUUAAUAGUUGACAUUUUUUUAAUGUUUUUCCCCUCUUUGCGAUAAUGUACAAUAAUUGUGAUGUAUUUGUGUGUGCUGCCACCAGUAAAGAUUAAUUGCAGUUCAAUUAAAAUGGAUUCCCCCCCUUAUUUUUUCAUUAAUAACUGUUGAGCUCCUUCUCACAUUUUUGUAUUUAAUUUCAGUCUGUCAGUGUACCACAGAAAGCUGGAUGCAAGAUAGAUACUAUAUUAAAAUGUACUGUUAUUUAAGAUGUAAUAAAAAGAAGUUUGAGAUGUC